AGGAGUUGGUUCCGCGUCUGACUCGGGCUGGGGAGCAUGAGGCUUGCCAUUGCUGCCCUGCUGUGCGCGGGGGCCCUGGGCCUGUGUCUGGCUGACCCUGAGAAAACUGUGAGAUGGUGCACCAUCUCAAAUCGCGAGGCCAAGAAAUGCUCCAAUAUGAGGAAAGCCCUUCCUGUUAAUGGUCCUCUUAUUUCCUGUGUGAAGAGAACUUCUUCCUUUGAGUGCAUAAAGGCUAUUGUGGCAAAUGAAGCAGAUGCUGUGACCAUUGAAGUGGGUUUGUUGUUUUGGGCGAGCAUGGCCUCCUACGACAUAAAACCCGUUGUAACAGAACUCUAUGGCUCAAAAGAUGAUCCACAAAUGUAUCCUUACGUUGUAGCUGUGGUAAAGAAGGGCAGCAACUUUCAGCUGAACCAGCUCCGAGGCAAGAAGUCUUGCCACCCCAGCCUGGAAUGGUUCACUGGGUGGACCAUCCCCAAUGAGAUACUGUUUCCCUCUCACCCUGGCCAAGAAGCAGCGGCCAAGUUCUUCUCUAGCAGCUGUGUCCCCUGUGCGGACAGGAAGAAGUCUCCCAACCUGUGUCAACUGUGUGCGGGGACAGGCAUGGACAAAUGUGCUUGUUCCUCCAAUGAGCCGUACUUUGGCUAUUCAGGCGCCUUCAAGUGUCUGCAGAAUGGUGGGGACGUGGGCUUCAUGAGACACAUGGCAGUGUUUGAGAACCUGAAAGACAAGGCUGACAGGGACCAGUAUGAGCUGCUUUGCAGGGACAACACCCGGAAGUCCGUGGAAGACUACAAGGAAUGCUUCCUGGCACAGGUCCCUUCCCAUAUCAUUGUGUCCCGAAGCCUGGGUGACAAGCAGGACUUGAUUUGGGAGCUUCUCAACUAUGCCCAGGAACAUUUUGGUAAAGAUAAUUCGACAGAAUUCCAGCUCUUUGAGACUCCUCAUGGGGAGGACCUGCUGUUUACCGACGCCACCCGGGGGUUUUUUAGAGUCCCACCUGUUAUGGAUGCCAAGCUGUACCUGGGAAAUGAGCGUUUUGCUGCCAUUCAGCACUUAAGGGGAGCUGUGGAAGACUCCCAGAGGGUGCGGUGGUGUGCAGUGGGCCAGCACGAGAGGGCCAAGUGUGAUGAGUGGAGCGCCGUGAGCGGUGGAAUCUUACAGUGCGCCUCACAGGAGACCACGGAGAACUGCAUCGCCGCUAUCGUGAAAGGAGAAGCUGAUGCCAUGAGCUUGGACGGUGGCUACGUCUAUACCGCUGGCAAGUGCGGCCUGGUGCCUGUCAUGGCAGAGAAGUACAAGGCUAAUGAUGACAGUGAACAGCGUGGGCCUCAGUGUGUGAAUACAAACAUAGGAGGCUACUACUCUGUGGCAGUGGUGAAGAAGUCAGAUGCUGACCUCACCUGGAGCUCUCUUCGAGGCAAGAAAUCCUGCCACCCUGCCGUUGGCAGCUCUGAAGGCUGGAUCAUCCCCAUGGGUUUAAUAUACAACAAAACAGGAUCCUGUAAGUUUGAUGAAUUCUUCAGCCAAAGCUGCGCCCCUGGGUCUGAUCCAGAGUCCAGUCUCUGUGCUCUGUGUGAUGGCAGCGGUGAUCCAGCCCUCAAGUGUGUCCCCAACAGCCGUGAGAAAUACUAUGGCUCCAGUGGGGCACUCAGGUGUCUAGUGGAGAAGGGAGACGUGGCCUUCAUGAAGCUGUCGGCGGUCCUGCAGAACACCAACGGAAGGAACACUGAGCCGUGGGCUAAGGAUCUGAAGCAGGAAGACUUUGAGCUGCUGUGCCUCGAUGGCACCAGGAAACCUGUGACUGAGGCUCAGAGCUGCCACCUGGCAGUGGUCCCAAACCAUGCUGUGGUAUCAAGGAAAGAUAAGGCAGAAUUCGUUCGCAGAAUGCUCUUCAACCAACAGGAACUCUUUGGAAGGAAUGGAUUUCAAUACCGGAUGUUCCAGCUGUUCAGAUCUUCAGUGGUGAAGGACCUGCUCUUCAGUGAUGAGACAGAAUGCUUGGCUGACAUUCAAGACAAAACAACCUAUCAGAAAUACUUAGGGCCGGAGUAUCUUACGGCUAUUGCUAAUGUGAGACCAUGCUUAACUUCGGAACUUCUGGAUGCCUGCACAUUCAUGGAAAUUAAAAACCCAACAAAGUGAGCAGCUGCAGAAAGGCUAAAGCCUGCCAAUACGAACGGCCACGUCUUCCCUUUUCAGCAUAUAUAAAUUUUAUAA